AUGGCAUCUACAUCAGCAGUUUCUAUGGCUAUGCCAUUGACAUAUGCAUCCCAGAAGAGGCAAUUCCCAAAUGCUGACACUUUCUUCAAGCCAUUGCCUGUGAGGUCCUCAAAGUCAGUCUCUGCUGCUGCUCCCAAUGCCAGGUUUCAGGUCACGGCUUCUUCUUCCUUUAAGGAACAGGCGGUGACAGGAUUGACAGCGGCUGCAUUGACGGCUUCGAUGAUGGUUCCCGACGUCGCUCAGGCUGCCGAUGGAGUUACCCCCUCCCUGAAGAACUUCUUGCUCAGUAUUGGUGCCGGCGGCGCUGUCCUCGGCUUGAUAUUGGGUGCUAUCAUUGCGGUUUCCAACUUUGAUCCUGUCAAGCGGAGCUGA